UCCAACCAGCCUAUGGCCUGUACGGGCAAUAUCGAAGGCUGCAAUGAUGUUUCCCUCCGAAAGGGAGGAGGAGGUGCCGGUUGCUUGGAGGCUGCACGGCACUCGCCAAGAGGAAAGCAGGCCGCUAUGUCUCCUGGAGGAGCCAGUUGUUCCUCGUUGUCGGUGUGCAAGUUUGGCGACAGCGCUAGCACUCAGCUGCGCUGGUGGGGACACGGAGGAGGAAGAAGACCAGGGAAGAAGACCAGGGCUAGGAAGAGGAGCGCCAGAGCCACCGCCGUCCACCGCCGUCGUGUUGAAGAUGACGAUGAGCGACCGCCUUGUUGUUGAACGCGACGGUGCUUUCGUGGCGAACAUGUCCGCGCUCGACCGUCGCAUGUUGAACAUUACCAUCGGCACGGCGGCGAUUCAACGCGGUCGAUUUCAACACUACGAGAGUGACCGUCAUCGCAUUGAACACGACGGCAGGGUCGGGGGGUGCCACCUCGGUCGUGUUCGACACGAUGACAACGACCGUCAUCGUGUUGAAUACGACGACGGGGUCGUGUUCAACACGUGGUGUACAUGCCCGCGCUCGACCGUCAUCAUAUUGAACACGACCUGCGGUCGUGUUCGACACGAGGACAGCGACCGUCAUAGGUUGAACACGACGGCGGGAUCGGGGGGUGCCACCAUGGUCGUGUUUGACACGAUGACAGCGACCACCAUCGGGUUGAACACGACGGUGGGGUCUGGUUCCAAACUUCGUCAAGAGCAACGGAGCGUUGCGGAGGUUCGCGAAGCGUCCAAGGCCGGCGGAGUGUGGACUCGCACAUCGGAGGCUCGCGCAGAACGCAACGGAGAUCUCGCUCGCACAUCGGAGGUUCGCGCAGCAUCGGAGCGAAGUUUCGAGCAUCCGCAUCGAAGGCAGCAGCGGAGGCCUGGGAGAACGGUAAACUGCCGUGAAGCAAUCACGUGCUGCCACGUGGCAUCUCCGCCCAUGCAGAGGCCGCCGUCGAGUCGAACUCGACGGGGGCAUUGUCGAGUCGAACUCGACGAGGGCAUUGUCGAGUCGAACUCGACAAUGGCCCGGGGUCAUCGUCGAGUCGGACACGACAAUGGGCCGGGGUCAUCGUCGAGUCGGACUCGACAAUGGCCUGUGGUCAUCGUCGAGUCGAACUCGACAAUAGCCCGGGGUCAUCGUCGAGUCGAACUCGACAAUGGCCUAGGGUCAUCGUCGAGUCGGACUCGACAAUGGCCUGUGGUCAUUGUCGAAUCGAACUCGACACUGGCCCGAGGUCAUCGUCGAGUCGGACUCGACAACGGCCUGUGGUCAUUGUCGAGUCUGACUCGAGAAAGGAUUGGGGUUAUUGUCGAGAUGAAAUCGACAAUGGCCUGGGAUCAUCGUCGAGUCGGACUUGACAAUGGCCAGGCCGCCGCCAUUGAGUCGAACUCGACGGCCGGCCAGUACGGCGUCGUCGAGUCGAACACGACGGCCGCCAAGCGCCAAAGCCUCCGGCCACUGUCGAAUUCGGCAGCGCUGCAAAACAUGGAAGGAGAAGGGAAGGCAAGUAAACGACGAGCAAGUAAGAAUUCUGGGAGCAUGGAACAAUCUCCGAAAAAAUUGAAGGGGACGCCGGCCGCUGGGGUUGGGAGUCAGGAGGCACCGGGGUCUAAGCGGCAACGCACCCCGGUUCCGAGGGGUGCACCUUCCACGAGCACUCCGUCGACUCGUGUUCGGGGCUCUGGACCAGAUAAGGCUGUGUUGAUGACUGGCGGGCCUGCACGUCAGGAACGUGUGCCUGGUCCGCAGCAGGGGAGAUCUGUAGUGGAGGUUGUGCCCGGACGGCCUUCGAUCACGAUCCGCGAUACUCCGCCUGGUCCGAAAGCUGGGCAGAUCGGAGAGAAGGGUCCGUGUCGCGGACUGGUUGUGCCGUCAGCCCCUAUGAAGACCAGGCCAACGGCGACUAAAGCACCACUUGCCUUGGGCAGCCGAUCACGCUAUGAUGUGGCCACCAAGGGACAUCUCCCCUUGGUGGGCCAGCAGCGCUAUGACUACACUGUGUCAAGCCGCACAGAGGAAGCCCAUGAGUAUUUUGAGGAUGAGGAUGAAGAGAACAGCGAGGAAUAUUCGGAACGAGCAGGGGGACAGGAACAGUAUGCUGCGGGUGUCGGCGGCAUGACGAGGCAUCCAGGAGAGACAAGUAAAGUGGUUGGACAGGAUGAAGACAGUGAGCACACUAUGAGCGAAUUGGGUGGGGAGGUUGGUCUGGCAGGAGGAUAUGGGAGCAGCUACGAAGGAUGUGAGGGGGAUGUGCACGCGACAGUGGCUGUGGCUGGGCAUACAAAUGCCGCAGGGCUCGCUGAGCGAAAGAGGAAGCACAGACAGGAGAGGAAAAGUCUUAUAGAUAGUAAACGGAGUAGGCAAGAAGCGGGUGAAAAAAGACAAUUGAAAGUAAUGCCCGUGGAUAAGGCGGUCCAGCGAACACGAGAGACUGAGGCAGCCGCGAAGAAAAAGCAGCAGCCAAAGAAAAGAAAGGCAAAAGGUGGUGUCAUGGAAAAGACUUCCGUUUUUCUAGCGGAACAACCACAAUCGGAUGAAGAGGCCAAAGGCAAGACAACUAGGCCGCCAAGUUUGCGAAAUGUGCCAUCAGUGACUUCUUUUGGUGUUCUCAGCAAAGGCUUCUUCCUUGAGUUGGACAAGCGUGGGAACCAAUGUCCAGACAUGGAAUUCGUUUCUGUCCAGUUCGACAGAAUUCUGGAUAUCCCCGACGGGGAAUUCAGAUACAAUCAACGCUAUCUUGUGCAGCAGACGGUUGACGACAUUUAUGACGCAAUGGUUGCAUCGGGUGAGGCUGCUUUGAGAGAGAGAAUGACUGGAGCUGCCGGUGUGAAUGUUUGUACAUUGUAUGAGAAGCCUGUCCUUUUGUUGGUUGCCCUCCGUGAUACAUUGCAUACUGACACUUCAGGGAGGAUUGUGAGAGCAAGGAGGAUGUUGCCCGAUGAUUUCGACCUCGAAUCUGUGAACAAGUACUACUACUACCCUCUCAGCGGUCAGCAUAACGUGGCGGCGGCAAGAAGGUGUUUUGUUGAACGCCCUUACAUCGCACAAGAGCUCCGAUUGGAUCGCUGGACUGCGAGGCCUGUUUAUUAUCUGGAUAAGAGCAUGGACAAUUACGGCACGCUGAGCACUUUCCAGAACGCCAAAGACAAAUGGAAUACCCCACCGCACCAGAUCGUGGUCAUCCAGAACAUACGAAAGUUGUGGCACGAGUCGAACUGUCCUGAAGCUAAAGGCGGCUCAGCGGCAGAAGUGAAAAUGCAGAAUAAAAUGAUUGUCAUCAUGUACUCCAACGAUGGGGAUUAUCACCGCAACACUAUUCCCUUGCUUGAAGACAUUCCAACAAGCACUCCAGCUGCAGAUCGAUUAUCUGGCGAGCAGGCGGGUGACUUAUCAACACUUGUGCGCAGAGAGAGAAGGCCAAAAAUGUUGGCUGAUGUCGUGGAGAAGAACUUCACGCCCACGAAGUUGAAAAUGGCAGGAAUGGAGCCAAGGGAGAAAUUUGCGUACGAAGGUAUAGAAAGGGAGCCAAAUGCGAUGGUGGAGACAUUGGAGCAUUUUUGUCUUGCGGAUAAGGCGGUUGUUUUCGUGGGAAAUGGUCAUGUGGCGUUGAUUUGGGAGUUGUUAAAGAGUCACCGUCAUUGCAUUGUUCUGGAAGGGGAGGGUAUGAAGUUCGAGUUUCUCGUUCAAUUCGUCACCAAGAUGGUCAAGAGUGGAUUUUACUUCGCCAACUUUGUUAAGCCGCCUCCUCGACAUGAUGAAAAGCGUGAUCUCGUCUACAGAGUCGGCCAAAACAUCAUCAACAUUUGGGAGUUCCUUUUCGAGACUAAGCCACAAAACAGAGGGGAACAUGCAUACGUCGUCAGAAGGCGAAAAAUGAAAUCACUUCUGAGGGGGUAUUAUAAGGCACCGGCGAAGACGGAAGUUGCAUUUCUAGACCGUUUGGAGAUGAUGUACUUCGACGAACAAAUCGGGGCGUUUACAAUCUCAGCUUAUGCAACUUGUUUUGGGGAAGGCUUCGAUGCUGAGGACUCAGAGGAAGAAAGUGAAGAUGGUACUUUGCAAGCGGCUUUGGCAGAUGAGAGGCAAAAAGUUUGUAGCUCGGCUUCGCAGAAGAUGGGUGCGCCGGGCACAUCGUCCGGUUCUGGGGGGGCUUCGAGUAUGGCAGUUACAACGGACCAGUUUCAACGGACCAGUUAUAUGGCGGGCAACACAACAGCGCUAUCUUCCGGCGCAGUUAUGGAUGAUCCGAGGGUGCAGGCAAUUCUCUCCCCAGAGGUUAUGGCAAGUCUGUCAGCACUUGCACAUAGCCCGACUACUGUUUUGGAAUUGCUUUGCUAUCAAACUCCUCAACCACCUCCGUCUGAGCCUUUGGAGUACGAGAUUGAAGACAUCAUCCCUCCGGACAUUGCUUGGCUUCCUGGACCUAUUGUAGGCCGAGAUGAUUAUACGGUGAUGCCUGACAACGUAUGGGGUCAUCACAUUAUAUGGCACCCCCACCACUUCCAACCUGCAUUGGCGAGAGGGAACUGGGUAAUGGCUAUAAAAGAAGAAGGGGAGUGGCAAUUUUGCCUCCACAGACGUAUGUCACGAUCCAAGUUUGUCACACACGCCAAAAAUGAGAUUGGCAAGCGACUACUGCGACUUAAUCCGAAGGUUUCUCAAUCAAGACUGGAUGCAAGGAUAGACGAAAUCUUUCAGGAGUUCGAAACAUCUCGAUGGCUUGAGUAUUUGGAAGAGUUCUAUGAUCGAGAAACAAGUCCAACUUUUGGAUAUUAUUGGCGUAUCGAAGAGGAACUUGAAGACAAAGUUGGGGAAAGGAAAGGAGCGAGCGGCGAUGAGAGUGGCAAGGGAUCAAGAUCAGGCGGCGGUGCGCUUGGCAAGGGAACAAGAUCAAGUGGUGGUGAACAUGGCAAGGGAUCGGAACCACGGGGCGGUGCCAGUGGCAAGGGUCUGGGACCUGAUGUCGGUGCAAGUGGAAAGCCAAUAAGUCAUGGUGAACUGCAAAAACACAAAUGUGUCAAGGGCGUCAAGCAACAGAGGGAAAGGUAUCAGGACCAAGCGGAGGUGCACAUGCCAAGGAUCGGGUUCGCCUUUGGGAUUAGGACCAAGCAGCGGUGCAUAUUGCAGGGGAUCGGGUUCGCCUCUGGGAUUAGGACCAAGCGGCGGUGCACAUGGUAGGGGAUCGAGAGGCGAUGCAAGUGGCCAGGAUUUGGGAGGAAGCGGCGGUGCAAGCGUCAAGGGCUUCGUGACCCUUCGUUCCAGAUUCAUUUAGCAACAAAACGCCUCACCGUAG